GGCUUGAAGGUGCAGUCAGACUCUCGGACAUCGUCGAGUGCCCGCACCAGUUUGUUCUCAACCAGCAAGACACAUACUUGGGCCACUUACCGUCGGUCUUCGCGCUAUUAUCCCACCUUGAAAUACGCGAGUUCACGUGUGUGUGUGUGUGUGUGUUGUUUUUUCAACCUUCCACUCGUUUUUGUCUGACGCUUGUUAGUACGUUCUCUUCGCCAGGCGCCUCACCAUUGGAUUAAGUGAUUCUUGUUUAUUUGUGGAAAUUAUUUACCGAGGAAUGGUGCACUCAGUGCUAAACGUGUUCACACGAUUAAGGGAAUUGAAUUGGAUUCAUUCAGCUGUUAUCAGUGAAUUAGUGAUGAUUUUUGAAUUAAUUGGGUGCGGAGUUAUCUGAUUGGGGUGUGUACCGGCGCUAUUUUCGAGGAGGUUGUCGCAGGGGAUUGCUAAUUGGGUCGGAGGAGUGAUUAUUAUACCCGUGAAAGCAUUUCCCUGUUCUGCUCGUAUAUCAGUUAUUAUCACUUCUUUUUUUUUCCUCUUGUAUUUCGCCGGUGAUUAAAAUUUCGCAUGGUGGAUGACAUUGACGAAUUCUAUCAGAAUUAUGUUCUUAAUAUGUCAUUAUACCCCCCAGAGAAAGGCUUUUUAUUUCACACUUUUCAAGUCAUUUGUUCAGAUGGAUAGAAUGCUUCAAUUUAAAUGUCUUCAUUAUGUGGAAUAAAUAAUUAAUUUAUUCUAAACGUGUUGCAGAAUUAGUUAUCAGCAUUCUUUCGUUUUUUUUCCUCUCGUAUUUUGAUACUGACUAGUGUCACAACAAUAGCGAUUAAAAGCUCGCAUGAUAGAUCAAAUUGAUACUCCGACUCGGUCGUGAUGUGUAGUUUGUUUUGUUAUUUUUCAGUUUUCUAUUCCUUGUCAUUUGAUAUUUAACAUUCUUGCGUUAUGCUGAAUAAUCAAUGACUCGGAGGAUCUCGAGGCAGUUUCAUCAUGCAGUCGUUGCGUGAUUGUCUCGAUCACCUAUUAAACGUGAUUGUUUGGAUAAUGUCAAUCUUUUGGAGAACGGGAAAUUCAUCGGUUUGGAAUUGAUUUAUUGGUCUUUGAUUUGAUUAUCAUUUUUCAUUAACGAUUUGUUUGAUUCAAAUGAAGAAUUAUUACAUAUUAAUGAAUUCGUUUGCUUCGCCGUCCAUACAAUAACUUCACUUCUAAUUAAUAAAAUAUCAAUUUUUCAUUCCAUUAAAGAAUUAUUCUCGUGACACCCUGAAAUUUUUAUCGUGUUCAAGUUCCACUAAAAUUUCAGUGAACUUUACAGUUUAUUUCAUGAAAUUUCGAAUUUGUAGCAGUAUUUGAAGAAAUUUCUUUUUCCUCAUUCUCUCUCCUCAUUAUCCACCUUCUGAAAAAGAUAUCUGUCAGAAGUUGACAAAGCCCCUAUCAAAGCAAAGAGCCCGUCUGUGGUUAGCCUUUUCCCGUCGUUCACUUCACAACCUCGACAAUAUUUUAGUUCAUCCUGGUUCCGACACUUUCCCCAUUGCUAUCUCAAUUGAAUGGAGAAAUUGAAAUGCUAAAUAAUUGGCAAUAAACCGAGUGAAACGCCUGCCACGUGACAAGGUGUACCGGGAUAGAGAGAGAGAGAGAGUGCACCGUUGUUUAUUUGAAGACGUUUCGGAGUGACACGUUGGACGAUGAGACCUGAGUGCUUGAUUUAUGUGGAGUUAUCGGUGUGGUAAUGUGUGGCUGGGUGAUGUGGGGGAAAGUGACGUUGAUGGGGCUAGUGCUGGAGAGUGAAUAUGGGAAUCGGUGAGAUGGAUCGAGGUAUUCCGAGCAGCACCCUCGCGACCUUGAGAGGUAUCCUGGUGAGCUCGCUAUCCAGGGAGAACCUUGGGCCUCAUGAUCUGGGGAUGAUCGAGGGAGGAGGAAAACUGAGGACUCGGAAAGUUCACUUUCGCGAAGCCGGAGCCGCUCCAGAGGAAACCAACCAAAGGUCCAGCUCUGCACACAAUCGCCACUCUCUCACGAAGGAGCAAACGAUGCAUUGGUUCGCCAAUGUUGGGGGUGACGAGGAAUCGUUGAAUUGGUCAGAUUCCAAGCGUCGCAGUCUCUACGACGAAGACUCCCUAGAUGGUGAUCAUCCUAAUGAGAAACAAGGACGAGAGUCAACGGGGGGAAGUGCAAAGGACCUAGACAGGGUGAAGUUGGUGAGGGAGAGGCAGAAUGAAGAGAGACAGAGGAAACUCGAGGAGCUCAGGAAUCAGGCACUUGCUGCGCAGAGGUUCAGGGAGCAGAGGGAGGAGGAACGAAGGAGACGCAUCGAUGAGCUCAGGUCGAGGGACAUGGAUAGAAGGACCCAAGUGGAAGAGCGAAAGCGUCUGAUAUGGGAAGCAGAACGAGAGAGAAGAGAGGCAAUACUCCGUAAAAAUCAGGAACGAGAGGCGCGCAUAGAAGCGAAGAAGAAGAACGAGAGAUCGCAUAUUGUGUUUGCAUUUGGUAGUUCAACUCCACGUAUGUUGGAGCCAGCGGAUACCGGUGGCUCGUCGUUCUGGGGCACCCGACGGGCAACAUCGACGACCAAUGUCAUGAUGUUUCCAGCGGCGCAACCCCUCACCAGGCGAUCCUCCGAGCGGGAGCUGGAUGGCGGCAGCAAGAAACGCGCCACCUCGGCUGGUGGGCUUGAUCGCAAACCCGGUGAAGAUAUGAGAAUGUCCUCGUCAAUGUAUGAGGUAUUCAAUUGGAAUUCUAGUCCCGAUCCUUCUUUAACCCAUGCAAAAAAUAAAAGAGCCAGCCUAUCGCUGCCUCCCACAACUGACAUCUUUGCCAUCGAUGAUAAAUCGGAUUGUGAUACUAGGCGUGCUACCGUACAACGCCCGGCCACCGGUGAUGAUAAUGAUGGAACACCGGGUACCCCAAGCUCAGUAUAUCUCCGUGUUAAUCGACGAAGAACCGAUCUGAUGCCGACGAUACCAUCGCCACGCGAUGGACCCUUAUCAUCGCGUAGCCCAAGCGCUAAGGCAUUCACACGUUCACCAGGUAGGACUUACUCAAUGUCGAGACUGGAUCAGCUUUCACAGCCACGGAAGCCACGCAUUAACGAACUGAGCACUCUUAAUGAGCAACAGCAGCCCCAUCAUAAUGGGGGACAGAAUUUGGGCGCAAGCAGCAUGAGUCGAAGCAUGUCGCACUUGGCUGCGCCCGGUUCAAAAACCCUCAAAAGAACCGAUAAUUCGCGUAGCAUGGGCACACUACCGGGUGCUGUACCAUUACUUAGGCCAACUAGGGCUGAGAAAUUGAGGAGAAAGGCGAGAGAACAGCAGAAUCAGCAGUAUCAGCAGUAUCAAGGUGUACGUAGUGGUGAGGUGACGCCGAACAGUCCAUCAAGACCCCACAGCUCCAUGAGUCAACAGAGUGGCAGCAGUGUGGCCAGCAGUAACGUCAAUCUGCGUCCGCGAACAUCAACACCGCGACGUCCGCGACCAGCUUCUAUUGCCGGAACUGGUGUUACAGUCACAGAGAGAAACAACUUGGGCGAAGCAAAGGCUGCAACGAAAGACUCAAAGCCCCCUCUGCCAAAGGUUCACACAACUCCAAAGAAACCCUCAACACCAAGAACAAGCACGGAGACCCCCAGGAAGCCAAGUGACAGAUUGAUAAAGAGUGCAAAAGCCUCGCCUCGUGUCACCCCUAAAGCUACACCACUCCAGAGUCCUGGGACCGAGCAACCGCCCCUAAUACGUCAGAACACAACCGAGAUAAUAAAGAACGAUAGUAAACAAGUGGGAGAAAUUAAAGUGGAAGAGAAACACGAGGAGAAGAGGGAUCAGGGGAGUGAGAAAUGUCAGGAUAUCGUUGAGACAAAUAAUCCCAUUGUCGAGGAGAGUGAUUCGUCGGUGGAGGCAAUUACAGUGGCUGCUCAGUCCACCACUACUCAGGAAGUGGUCCCCUCGGUUCCACCCAAGGAGGAAAUUGGGGAGAAAAAAUCAUCCCCAGAGCCCGAGGUCAAGACCGAGGGCGAUGUCGAGGAGAUUGUUGAUAUGUCUGCUUCAAUGAUUGCUAAAAUCAGAAUUACUACUGAGGAGGAGGCCAAGGCGGCAUUGGCGGAACGCAGGAGGCUUGCACGUGAACAGGCGGAGAGGGAGGCGGAAAUCGAACGACAACGCUUGGAGGAAGAGGAACGCCUCGAAAUGGAGAGACAACGCGCCGAGGAAGAGGAGCAACGUCGCUUGGAGGAGGAAACCCUCCGUUUGGCGAGUGAGGCUCGCGAGGCAGAGGAGCAGAGGCUGCAACUGGCAAUCGAGGAUGCUAAACGUCGUGAGGAGGAGGACAGAAAACGACGCGAGGAGGAGGCCCGACAAAAACUCGAGAAAGAGGAGGCUGAGCGCAAAGCCAGAGAGGAAGCUGAGAAACAACGGUUGGAAAUGGUUGAGCGACUGAAAAAGGAGGAGGAGGAGCGCAUUGCUAGACGUAAACGAGUUGAGGCUAUUAUGAAACGCACUCGAGGUGGAAAUAAUCAGGCUAAUACGACAACAAAGGGUGAUAACGGUGAUGGUGAUAAAUCAAAAGACGACAGUCCCAGUGACGAGUGCAAACCAAUGCCAGGAAUCAAAAGCGAGGAUGUUAUGACGGCGAGUCUAAUCUCCGAAGCUACUCAACAAUUAAUAAACGCUGAGCAGCAGGAUAAUCAUCCCGGAAAUAACAGUCCCACAGACGUUGUGCGUAACGGCACAACGCACAGCAAUGGCAUAAACGAUAUUAACAAAGCACUGCUUGAGAAUAAUCAGAGUAAUGUUGAGGGUGAAUUGAAUGGACAUCACACGAAUCAUGGAAAUGGCAUCAACACUCAAAUCACACUGGACAAUGCAACUGUAAAGCAAAACAACGUCACGAACAACCUGUUAGACCUAUCAGAGUUUGAUACACUGAGUAAUAGCAAUAAGGACCACCCGAUACUGGAGAUGUCGACAAAUUUAUCCAACGAGGAUUCCCUCAACUCAAAUUUAAAUCCAGGGGCAAUGCCCUUUACUCCCAUGGUCGUCAACCCCUUUGUGCCUGCAGCGACAAAUGCCAAUACAAAUCCGUUCCAGGAUAAUUUCACCAACAUCAAGACACAAGAUAAUAAUCAAUUACCAGAUCUUCUAUCAUAAAAGUUAUAAUGAAAAAAAAAAUACUUUGAUGAUGAAGAAUGAAGAGAGAUAAAACCACUGGAAUAAUUACCAGUUUGCCCCUGGCAAGCGUUUAGGUACCCCAAUGACGUUAUAAUGGUGAAAAUGAUGAUUGAGAUGAGUAAUUAUGAGUUGGAGGAAUGACACGUGUAAAUAAAGAGACGGCGCUUACCCAAAUAAACGUGAAAAGAUAAUUGGAAUGACAGCAGUGUUGGAUCUGCUGGGCCCCUCAACCCCAUGAAGACCUUUACGUAUAUAGAAUAUAUAAAAGAAUGAUAAAUUCUCCUCACCAGGAUCAUUACAACAGGAAUGAAGGAGAAAUGUAAAAUAAUAUAUAAUGUUAAUUUGAAUCGAUUAUACCUAUACAGUGGCAAACAUAGACGUCAGAUUAUGCUCGUCAUAGUAAUUAAAUGCUUACAGACACUAAACUAACUUUUUAGAGAGAAAAAAGAAAACAUUUAUGGGAUAAUGCCUAUUUAUAACAUAUUUGAUUGGAAAAAAAUGAAAAAAGCUAUAUAGCUAUAAAGCUGUGUGAUAUAUAUAUAUAUAUAUAUAUAUAUAUAUAUAUAUAUAUAUAUAUAUAUAUA